AUGCAAGAGCGUGAUAUUCUGGAUCCUGAAUCACUUUAUCCACCCUUUCCCUUUUCCCCUCCACCCACCAACCUCCCCCUCAACCCCCCCCCACCCCACCCCCACCCCACCCCCCACUUUCCCGCCCCCCACCUCUACCCCCAGGCUGGGCAACUACAUCGGCGGGUUCCCCCAUUCACCACGUCUCCUUCCCCUCCCCCCAUUCCCUCCCCACAUUCCCUCCCCCCAACCCCCCAGGCUGGGCAACUACAUCGGGGGGUUCCCCCAUUCAACCUUUUUCCUUCCCCUCCCCAAAAUCCCUCCGCCCAACCCCCCAGGCUGGGCAACUACAUCGGGGGGUUCCCCCAGGCGGCGAUGGGCCCUCUGCUGGACCUCAUGUUCCUCCCCUCGGGCCUCAACCUCAAUAUAGUGCGAUUCAAUAUAGGCGGCGGCUCCGUUCCACAGUACAGCCCUCAACUGUAUGAAGAUUCCUUAAUGCCGGCGCAGGCAGCGGGGUUCAACUGGACGGCGGAUUCGAGGCAGCAGGCGGUGCUGCUGGGAGCCAAGGCCCGCGGGCGCGCCACAUACGCGCAUUGCACAAACGACUUCAACGGGGGAACGGUGCGCGGCCAACAUGGGUUCCCCGCACCUCGUUUCGCUAGCUGCCCCCCAUUAUCGCUGCUCGACAUUCCGUCAGCACCUCCGCGUCCUCCCCUCGACUCCUAUGUCCCGCUGCUGCUGGACGGGGGCUGUGGACCAGGGCUAAAGCUGGGCAACUUCAUCGGCGGGUUCCCCCAUUCAUCCUUUUUCCUUCCCCUCCCCAAAAUCCCCCCUCCCACCCCCAGGCUGGGCAACUACAUCGGCGGGUUCCCCCAGGCGGCGAUGGACCCUCUGCUGGACCUCAUGUUCCUCCCCUCGGGCCUCAACCUCAAUAUAGUGCGAUUCAAUAUAGGCGGCGGCUCGCUCCCGCAGUACAGCCCGCAGCUCCACUCGGACGCGCUGCUGCGCUGGCGAGCCAUGCCGGGGUACUGGCCGGCGCAGGCAGCGGGGUUCAACUGGACGGCGGAUUCAAGGCAGCAGGCGGUGCUGCUGGGAGCCAAGGCCCGCGGAGUGAACGUGUUCGAGGCGUUUUCCAACAGCCCGCCCUGGUGGAUGACCGCGAGUAAAGACGUUGCGGGCGGGAAGAAGGCGUUUCAGACGAAUCUGCUGCCGAAAUUCGAGGGACGGUUUGCAAAGUAUUUGGUGGAGGUGGUGGAAAGGUUUAAAACGGAUCCAGCGUUGGGGAAUAUCGAGUUUGAUACACUGGAGCCGUUUAACGAGGCGUUAGAGGGGCACUGGCUAAAGGGGAUGGGGCAGGAGGGGUGUAAUUUCAACGUGUUCGAAAUGAGCCGGAUCAUUUUCAAAACUCUGCGACUGCUGCGGGAGAAAAAGCUCAAGACGAAACUCGCCGGUGUGGACAGUUUUCCGGGCAUGACGGCUCUCUUGUUCCCACUGCUCGUGGGAAAUUUUUUUUUCCACCGGGUAAACGUUCACGGGUACACGCUGCCGGUUCAGCAGGUGGUGAACAUGACUGCUUCUGUCGCCGAGAAGACCUACGCCGCUCGCUACGUCGCGAUGAAGGUGCUUGCGAAAUCGCUCGGGAAGGAGAUAUGGGUGUCGGAAUCUGGGCCGGAGCCGGCCGUUAAUGGUGCCGAUAGCGUGUCGGCACACGGUAGCUGCGUUCUACAGUAA